AUGGUGAUUGAUAAGAAGUUCCUGAUGCAGUGUACAGAGCAACCAUGUGGAUCAUUAGUAAAAAAACUAAUUGGUUGCCGACUUCCAUCAGGAAUUUGGAUUCCUUGGAAUACCAGCAAAAAUUUUGGUGCUGCUCGAGUUAGCCAAAAUGUAUGGACAAACGAUGAUUUUGGACAACACGGAAGAGAUUUGCCACCGUACUGUUAUACCGCUGACUACAGUACAAUUCCACUAAAUUCUCAAAUGUUAAUCAAUGGUGAAAAUGUCAGGUGUAAGCAUCUCGGUGGCCUUAAGGUAGUAUUAUUCAGAAAUAACCUGAGAAUGUGUGUGGAUUCGCUCGGUUUUAGCCACAGUAUUGGUUCACACUGGACAUCUGGAGGUAGAUUCAACAAAACCUGUACACCUGCUGGUGUUAUAGCUUAUGAAAAUUGUCUUACAGUUGACGGACGACAAAUCCCAAUGAAUGCUACAGUCACUGUUGGCCGAGUUACCUAUCUGUCCGUAAUACAUAAUCCUUUCAAUGUUGAAAUAGCAUUUCCAAUUCUAGGAAAAAUCAGACAAAAAAUUUAUCAACUAAUAUGCACAUUGCGAGAUGACGGUGUGGGCUAUCUUGAGGAAAAAGUUGCAUUAGAAUGCGAAGAUGACUAUGGCAACGAUCUUCAUACUGGGAGUCACUGGAUUGAAGGGCAACAUUUUAACAUAACCUGCAAAGACUCUGGAAUUUUUGAAGUUUUAAACUGCAUUACGCCCUUUGGACUACAGCUGCCGAUAGACGGCGAAGUGACCAUAAAUGAUACAUAUUACUCAUGCAAGCAAGACAAAAGUAGGAACGUUCAGUAUUAUAGCAGAUUUUCUGGCAUACUUCCAGUCGAAACUGAUAUAAAGUGCUAUGAUUCUUUAGGAACGGAACAUUCGCCUGGCACAUACUGGUUGGAGGGCAAAAAUGUUAAUAAAACGUGUAGCUUUAGCGGUGAAGUUAGAGUGGAAAAUUGCUUGACCGAUGAAGGUGUCCAAGUUGCUGCAGAUGGAACUGUUUCUGGUGGAGUCGUCAAGUGUCUUCGACUAGACGACUGCCACAUGAAAAUAGUCAGACUUCCAGAUCUGAGUUCAACGGCUAAUACAGUGUCAACCUUAGAAAACGUCUGA